AUGGACGUCUCUUCUCAUAAUAACUGGGAAUCAGAUAAUGCACAUGGGGCUAAUCGUCGUCCUAUGCGAAUGUCUGGUAGAGAAGAUGGAGGGAACAAUAUUCCCUUCUCUAAGAUGGUGUUUGAUGGUAAACGAAUGAGAAAAGCAAUCCAAAGAAGAACCGUCGAUUAUAAUCACAGUGUAGCAAGGUGGAUGCAGGAACGAGUAUGGAUUCGUGACAGAAGAGAUACGCGCUAUUUGAGGCCUGAUCCCAACUUUAUUGUCAAUUUAUUACCACCCGUGGCUUAUCUUGACAAUCCUAUCAAUGCAGUUACUACGAAAUUCAUCCAUACCUCUACCAACAAAAUACGAUUUCCUGUCAAUGUUGUUCGUUGGACACCAGAAGGACGUCGUUUGAUCACUGGCUCAUCCAGUGGUGAAUUCACAUUAUGGAAUGGUCUUACGUUUAACUUCGAGACCAUCUUACAAGCUCAUGAUUCCGCAGUGCGUGCCAUGAAUUGGUCUCAUAACGAUAACUGGAUGGUCACAGGAGAUCACAGCGGUAUUAUUAAGUACUGGCAGUCCAACAUGAGUAACCUCAAGAUCAUACAGGGACACAAAGAAGCUAUUCGAGAUUUGACAUUUGCACCUUCAGAUACUCGGUUUGCUACUUGUUCAGAUGAUUCGUUGAUCAAAAUAUGGGAUUUCAAUACAGGCACUGAAGAGAAGCAAUUAACAGGCCAUGGUUGGGAUGUCAAAUGUGUUGAUUGGCAUCCAUACAAGUCUUUAUUGGCUUCAGGAAGUAAAGAUAAUCUGAUCAAGCUAUGGGAUCCAAAGACAGGCAAGAAUAUCACUACAUUGCAUGGACAUAAAAAUACAGUCUUGGCCUUACAAUGGAAUCAGAAUGGUAAUUGGUUAGUCACUGCAGGUAGAGAUCAACUCGUCAAAAUAUACGAUAUCAGAACCAUGAAAGAACUUCAGAUCUUUAGGGGUCAUAAAAAGGAGAUUUGCUCUGCUAAAUGGCAUCCUCAACAUGAAAGAUUGCUGGCAACAGGUGGUUCUGAUGGUGCCCUGAUGUUCUGGAUGACAGGUCAAGAUCAACCUGUUGGAGAACAAGAGACAGCGCAUGAAUCCAACGUAUGGUCUUUGGAUUGGCACCCUGUUGGCCAUAUACUUGUGAGUGGUUCCAAUGAUCAUACAACUCGGUUCUGGACUCGACCUCGUCCCGGUGAAUUAACUACAGACAAGUUUGAUUCCAGCCAACACCAUGAAGAAGAAGUAGCCACCAUGAAACCCUCAGAAGAAUAUACUCGACAACAGUUUACAGAACCUCCUCCCUUCAGACCUCACACGAUAUCUCAACCCUCCAAGAUUGAACCUCCUCCUUUUAGACCUGUGAAUGCUCUACGCCCUGCCAUGGACAAUAAUGGUCCUCCACCCUUUCGUCCUAAUAACUUUGACAUGUCUGCACCCCCUCCAUUCAGACCACCUAAUAUGAUGGAUAACAACCCAAUGAUGCGACAAAAUAACAAUAGGCCCAAUAAUAACAAUAUGCGUCCAUUUGGUAGAGGCAAUGGAGGACAAAUGCAACAGAGACAGAAUAACAAUCAACCAGGCUAUCGACCUCCACCUCCAAUGAUGAAUAAUGCAAGAUUUAGCAAUAUGAUGAAUAAUAAUGACCAACAGCAGAGAAUGAAUACGAACAAUGGCAUGAAGAGACCUUAUCAGCAAUUCAAUGAAGGUCCUGGUUAUAGACCUCCUCCUCCCUUUAACGGUUCUCCACAAAGAGACAUGAAUAACAAAAAAAUGAGACGUUGGAAUUAA